AUGCGCCAUCAAAAUCAAAACAAUCAAGAUGAUCAGAGAAGUAGCAUUGGAUAUAUUGGUGGCAAUAUUGGAUAUAUGAGUUCUCUUGGUCAAAUGGAAUAUCCAUACGAACAAAAUUCACACUUUCAAUUAUGGAAGCCAUUUUUCCCAAGAGGUGAAGCACCGCCACCAUACGAAGAAGCUAUUUCAAUGGCACAAUCGGAAUCGUUAAGUGCACAAGCUGGUUCAUGCACUGUUAGCGUUGCCACAUCCACUCAUCGAACUCUUCCGAUGAAUAUCUGCAACAAUGCCACAACAGAAAACACCGAUUUGUCUUCAAUACCACCUAAUAACAUUAAUAAUAAUAUUAAUAAUAAUAAUAAUAUGAAUAAUAAUACGAAUAAUAGUAAUAAUAAUAAUAAUCCAAUUACUUCGAAUACUACAAAUUUGAUCAACAUAAAUAUUAACAAUGCUGGGAAUAUUACAGCCGUUGCUACUGGUGAAAAUCAUUUGAUUCAAAGUAAUGGAAAUUAUUUGAGCGCUACGCCAAACAACACAUUACCACGACAUAGCACAGCGAACAAUCAACUGAUCGAACAAGAUUUGGUUAAUCGCAAUUUAACUUACAAUUCUGCGAUAAACAGUUGUAGCAAUUCUGAACUUGCAUUGAGCAACUCGUCGAUUCGUGACAUUCCAUGUACAUUACAGAAUUGUGAUUUGAAUACAAGUUGCAGUUUGAUUCGUUCAUCGUCAUCAUUGUCAUCAAAUGGUGUUGGAAUUGUUGGUGGAAGUGGCUGUUAUUCAGCACCAUCGACAAUGAAAAUGAAUCAACAAAAUCAAACUUCUAAUCAAAGUUUGGCUCAAAUUCUUGCAACAAAUCAAAGCACACAAAAUUUAUAUGAACAGUACAUUGAUUGUAUGAGUACUGGAGGUGUUUCUCAAACAAUUCUUCCACCUCCACUCUUUGACACAAACUGCACGCCUGGAAACUUCAAUCAAUGUUAUGAGAUUCAAAGUCAUCCAGGUAAUUAUUGCACACUGUCAGCUAUUGAAAUGCCAAAGAUUUCGUCGUCAUCAAAACGACUUCAUCGUACAAUUCCAAAGCAUUUUACAAUGUCAUCUUCGUCAGCAAUUUUUUCAAAUGAAAUAAAUUCACAACAACAACAGCAGCAACAGCAACAACAUGCGAAUGUAAGAAAUGUCGAGAAUAAAAAAUCGUCUUGUCAAUGUCCAGUUCAACAUGUUCCAAUGACUUACAUGCAAUUUCCAUCUACACAUCCGCAACAACAGCAACAACAACAACAGCCAAUUCAAGAAAUACAACAACAAGUUCAACAACAUUUCCCACCCCCACAACGUCAUCAACAUUCAACGAUUUACAUGUCGGGAAGUAAGAAACACAACGUCAUAAAAUCAACCACAUUUCCAUCAGCAAUGAGUGGAAGUUCAAGUGUUGGUAAAAUACAAACAAUCGCUAAUUCAGAAUUGUUGGGAAUAACUUCAGUAGAUGUUGUUCAACCUAUAACAACAUCUGAAAUAAGUGGAACAAUUAUAUCAAGCGGUGGCAGUGGCACUUUGAGACGUUCUCAUAGAUCAUCGGGCAGUACAUCAAGUAGCAACAAUUCUACGAUUCCUACAACACCCAAUAAAAAGUCAAUUGCUACAAUUUCCGUUGCUAAUUCAUCUCAAUCAUCGACAGCUGUUACUACUCCUGGAUAUUUCACUCCAAAAGUUGAAGUUAAACAUCACCCGACUCCACCAGCGCAUCAACAACAACAACAAAUCCACUCAAUUCUAAAGAACAAAAAUCAUUCUGGAGUUCAUGUUAAUGUCAUUAAUGUAAGCAGCGAUGUUUGUCUUGAACAAAAUCCGAUUUUGCCUCCUAAAUUGUAUAAGACAAGUAAUAGUAGCAGCAAAUAUACAACUCCAUCAAGUUCUGGUCCAUCGACACCGAACAGUUCAAAACAAAUACAUACAAUCACGCGACCCAAUGAACUAACAUCAUCCUCGUCGCAAUUUUCGCUUUUAUCAAUUAAUGGAAGUUCACAGAAUUAUCAACAGCAAUCGCCACAACAAUACCAACAUCAGCAACCUACGCAAUUACGCACAAACAUACAGGGAACAUUGUACAAUACAAAAACAUUACCGCGAGGAACACACGGCUGUGAAGGUGAAAAAAUUCGACAACAUCGAGAACAGUUGCAACAAUCCACUUCCAAUUAUUCAAUCAACACACUGCCAAAGAACCACCAUCAACAGCAAUCAACAUCGCAACAAAUCUAUGCGAAAGUCGCCAACACAUCACGAAGCGUUCUAAAUGAUGUCGUUAAUAAAGUUCCUUCAGUUAUAAUGCUCCCAAUACCUCAACAACAAAAUGGAAGUCAAACAAUGAAAAGUGUCACAAUGACAAACUCAAAUUCACUUACGAAGAUGUCAUCAUCAUCUUCAUCAUCGUCGUCAUCGAAACAAAAAAAUCAUUUAAAUAAUGAAAAUCACGAAAUGGAGGCAACAUCGACGAAUGUCGGCUGUCAUAGUCAGAAUAGCACAUUAAAGCGAAGUAAAUUGAAGAGAGAAACUUUAAAUGUUAACGAGAAAGUCAUUUCAUCGAAAGGUUCAACAUCGACACAGAUGGGAAAUUCUCAUGAGAAGUCACGUUGUGAGUCGGUUUUAGGAAAAUGUAUUGAGAAGCCGCUUCCGAUUUUGACGACAUCAACAAACUGCACAAACCCAAAGGAACAUUUUUUGCCAAGCGAAACAAGUCUUGAUGAUGAUUAUUUGAGUGAGUGUGAGAAUUGUAAAACAGCCGGAACUGGAUCAAGAUAUUACCUUGACGAUGAAGGGCUUGAUGAACUUCCGUUACAGGAAACAAUGACACUUCAGCGGAAACUUAUGAACGAAAAUGACGAAAAUGAUCAACAAAAUUAUUAUCGCGUGUCGUCGACACUUCCGUCAAACACGAACAAAAAAAUUCCCGUGGUGAAAACACGGGAACCAUGGUUCAGCACAAUUCCAGCAUCGUCGUCAUCAGACGAAGAAACAUUAGCUGAAUGAGAUUUAAGUAACUUAAUUUAAAGAUGAUCAGAAUCUUUCUUUUGUCGCGAAAAAUUUUUUUGGCUUCUUUGAAUAUCAUUUAGACACUCGGAAUUAGAAAAUUUUUAGUCAACGAUAAUUGGAUACUUGUAGAUAAAAAAAGGAACAAAAUAUUUUAGGAUAUCAAAGCAAAAGAAUUUUAGGGUAUCUUUAAAGUUAAAUGUUCAAAGUUGUCUUUGAAACAAAGUACAAAUUUUGUUAAAUUCUUCAUUUCAGAUAAUUCUAAAGAAUUUAUUUCAUUGAGUUUUUACUGACAAUCAUUUUACUUCCAACAUUUAUGGUUAGAAUUAAUCUCAUC